AUGGAGUUCUGCUGGCCCGCACAGCCGUCUGCUGCGCAAGCUAGCCGAACAACAACCACAGACAGUACACCCGUGCAUCAAGCAGCACAGUCACACAACGCGAUCGAGGAUGCAAUCUGCUAUCUAGCCGCGCAUGCUGUUAUUGUCUGCAAGCAGCAUGCUACUGCAGUACAAAAUCUGGACGCGCAUCUACGCGACUACCACAAUGCACCAAAGAGACUACGCAGAGAGAUUGCAGAGAGCUAUCAAGGCAAGACUGUCUUGCACACAAAGCAGAUCAUCUUGCCCAGUCCGCUAGGCCCGCCGAUUGAGGAGCUUGGCAAGCCGCUUGAUGGCUUUCAAUGCAGCGAGGAGGACUGCAGCUUUAUCACUAGAGUCAAGGUGCAGACAUUCUUCCGCACCGGCGGGCUGCAGCGCUAUUUUGUUGUGAAUGCAGGAGACAGCAGCACAGGAGAUAGCAACAGCGCGCUGUCUGCCCCCUGCGAUGUAGCAGACAACGUCAAAAGAGAGAUGGCUGAGUGGGAGACAGUGCAGAGAGAAGAAGAGCAGAGGAUGCAGCUCAUGGACGCAGCUGUGGCGAAGACAGAUCAGACAGGCUGGUUCAAGCGGACAGGCUGGCCGGAGCACUUUGCAGGCCGCAAUCUGGCACAUCUUGCGCAUCAGGCCCGGCUGCCCGAUCGAGGCGAGGUAAAGCUGCAGCUAGCUGCUGCACUGGUCGAGGGGCUUGUGGAGAGGAGCGUGCGGGGGCUGUCAACGCUGGACCGAGAGUCGAGACGGUGGUUGAGGAGCGCGAGGCGUGACAACCCAGACCUGCGCCCGCUCACUCAACUGCAGAACGCGGAGAGUCAGGCUCGCUACGCAAGCUACAUGGUCAGGUUUGUGUGCUACUUUCUGCGCAUUAUUGCUGAUGAGGAGGCCUAA